AUGAAUCAGUUGAGCGAUCGCGGGUUCACCCCACGAGCGCUGGUGGCCGGCCUCCUGGUCGGCAUCCUAAUCAACUUUUCCAACACCUACUACGGUCUCCGGGUCGGCUCGGGCAGUCAAAUGUCCAUGAUCUCCGCCUUGUUGGGUUUCAUCACAUUCAAACUGUUCUCUCGACAUCUCGGGAGAUCCUUCACCCUCCAGGAGAAUGUCCUGGUAAUCAGCGCCGCCACGGCCACGGGGUGUAUGACAUUCACGGCUGGCUUUAUCAAUAUCAUCCCAGCCCUAGAAUACCUCAUCGGUCCCGAGGAGAAUGGCCCGAUCAACAUCCCCACGAGCAGCUUGCUCCUGUGGUCCAUUGGCCUUUGCUUCUUUGGAACUAUCUUUGCUGCACUGCUGCGGGAGCAAUUUAUCGUCCGAGAGAAAUUACCGUGGCCCGGACCAAAAGCCACCGCGCAACUCCUGCAUACUUUACACCACAAGUCACAGCCCUUGCCGGGUGGUUCUGACGACUUUCCGUCAUCCGACGAGGCCACUGACGGAGAUGUUUUCCGUCCCGCGCCAGAGGAACAGCCUCUGAUGGCACAGACGAAUGAUAUCCGAUGGGAGACGGGCAUGAGACGCCUGAUCCAAGGCGCGAUGAUCUCGGGCAUCGUGACCAUUGCCAUGUUCUUUGUUCCUGUUCUCCACGAUCUACCCAUCCUGGGGCCCCACAUGGCCAACGAAUGGCUCUGGACCAUGGAUCUGUCUCCCGGGUUUUUCGGUGGCGGCAUCAUCACCGGCACGGCCAUUCCCCUGCACAUGUUAUUCGGGUCCAUUGUCGGCUGGGGGAUUCUGUCCCCAUAUGCCAAACACAAGGGUUGGGCACCCGGCAACACUGAUGACUGGGAGACUGGAUCGCGCGGGUGGAUCAUAUGGGUCAGCCUGGCGGCGUUGCUGGCGGACGCUUCCGUUAAGCUUUUGUGGUUCCUUAUCCGCCCGCUCUGGUGGAGCUCCUCCAUCUCCACCGGUGAUCUUCGUCCAACGAGAGCUGAGGCGGUGGGCGAGGAUGUAGAGCCCACGCAGAAUCUUCUGGUAGAGCAAGACGAUCGGUUGCCUGAUUGGCAUCCCUCGGCUCGACACAUAGAUCUGUCGGCACAACGCGAUGUGCGACCGCGCGUAUUAUGGCUGGGGUUCUUGCUCGCUGUGUUGAUUUGUAUCUUCUCGGGCUACCUUACCUUUGGGGAGUAUAUCACCUGGUACUAUACACUGUUGGCCAUAGCCCUAUCGCUUCCGAUGGCAGCGGUAGGAAUCAGAUGUCUUGCAGAAACGGACUACAACCCUGGAAGUGCUUUGGUCUCCCAGUUGGUCUUUGCGACGUUGAUCCCCCACUCUAAUCCUAAUGGCAUCAUCAUGAACCUUCUCGCGGCGGCAAUUUCCCAAGCUGGCUCCAACCAGUCGGGCGAGCUGGCCUAUGAUCUCAAGAUUGGAAGCCUCACCGGAUCGCGGCCAGAAGUACAAACCUACGGGCAGAUCAUCGGCUCGAUCUUCGGUGCCUUGAUCGCAUGCAGUAUAUACAAGCUCUACGCCUCCCAAUACCCUAUUCCCGGCCCGCUUUUCCGAGUCCCGGCUUCAUUUUUGGUCCUGAGCACGGCGAGACUGCUCAUGGGCCAAGGACUCCCGGAAGGUAUCACCCCCUUUGUCAUCGCAGCCGCGAUCCUCUCCGCGGCCGUCACUAUUUUUAAGAUGCGGUAUGAAAACAGGUGGUGGCAGUGCUUUAUCCCCAGCGGCGUUUCCUUCGCUAUUGGUAUCUAUAAUUUGCCGUCAUAUACAAUCACUCGUGCCCUCGGGGGUCUGUUUUACUGGUUUUACAAACGAAGAAAUGGAGGACGGGCUGGCAACAUCGUCAUCCUGGCAAGUGGGCUCGUCCUGGGCGAAUCCAUUGCCAGCAUUGCCACUGUUGCCCUCUCUGCCGCGCGCGCUUCGUAA